CCGCAGAGGACGUGUUGCAAGUCAAGGAGCCCGCAAUCUUGAUGCUGGAGUUAAGGUUUUUUUUGUAGUUCUUUUAGUUAUGGUUGUAGAUGAGUAAUGAAUACUCCUUACUUUUAGUAGAUGAUGACCUGCAACAACUACAACGAACUUGUCGAUAAUGAAUAGUCGUAGUUCUACUUACUGUUGUAGUGAGUUCUUUUACUUGUUGAUAAUAAAGAGUCGUAGUCCUUACUUUUAGCCGAUCAUGAUGAAGAUCUACAAGAACAACGACAACACCAUGACUAGUCGUAGUGACUUAGACUUAAGGCGUUUCGUCGCGGAAGGGAAUCUUCAUGUGAAAAUUUUACUCGCAACCUGCAUGAGAUUUCCUCAAGGGCAGCAGAGAGAGAAAAUAAUGACGAUGAAAUUUUUCAAACCGUUUCGUUUUAAUAGUUGAAGAUGAUCUACAACUCCAUGAACAUGAUGAUGAUUCAGUCAGUUUAGAUGAAUCUACUUACAAUUCCACUAGUACCAGUCUCUUUGGAGGUAGACACUUUGAAAACUCAAACUGGUACCACGACUACUUAUAUAUAAGUGUUUCAUCUCAUAGCUAGUACUAUAAUAUUUAUAUUUACUAGAAGUUCUACUUCUACAACGAACUGCGAAAGCGAACUUCCACUUCUUCUCCUUCACCUCAUCUCCUUUGCUUUCUAUCUUCUAGAGCAGCUGGAAUAAUAGAGUAGUGUUCAUCAUCCCUCAUCAGACUUCUAAAGUUGGAGGAAGAUUCUAGAAGCGCAGGCCAGAAAACUGAGCCAGAUUUUCUCGAGCAGCAAUCUCCGAGAAGUGUUCACGCCUCGGAAGGGGCAUAUAGUACUCGUACUCAACAGACAAACUCAACAGACAAACUCCAUAGUACUGGUACUCGUACUCAACUCACUAGUACUUCUGCCUCAACAACAAAAGUACGAAGUGCAGAGUCGUCUUCAGGAGGAGUAGUUGCGUUAGUUCAUCAAAAAGCCGAGGUGGUCGAGCGAAGAAAAGACACCAAGACGACCGACAAAAAUCUGAAGACGACAGAAGGCCAGAAGACUAGCACAUCUCGACAAGCUUCUUCUAAAAGAGGAAGAACUACAACGGCAAGUGGUGCUAGCUCGUCUUCAUCUUCUACAUCUAGA